UGGCUGCCAACUGCAGCAGUCGUCGGCUUCAGCUUCCUAGAACCACACACACACACACCCAUCCAGCAACUCAUCGAUAUGGCCAAGUUCCAAGUCUUGAUCGUGAUCGCCGCCUGCCUGCUGGCCGUGAGCGAGUGCCAGGUGCAGCGCCAGCGCCAGGCGCAGCGCCUGAGCCGUGGACGCUCCCGCUACUUUGCACGCCAGGAGCUGGCGCCAGCGGACGCGGAUGCUGCCGUCACGCCAUAUCCUUCAGCCGAUGAACUGAAGCCAGAGGUGCCCUUCGAUGAGGCAGCCGCCCCAGCCGCCGCCGAGCCCACGCCCGAUGCCGUCUACGGCCCGCCCGACGCAGCCCCCAACGCCGUGCCCGAUGAGGUCUACGGCCCACCCGAUGUCACUGGCAACGAUCUGCCAGCCGCUGACGCCGCCGCCGAUGUGCCCGCCGAGCAGGCCCGCCUCGUCGCUGCCAGACGCGCCGCCAAGCUCCGACGCGCCCAGCCUGUGGCCUAUCGUCGCGCCGCCGCCGCCGCUGCCCGCCCGGCCAAGCUGAGCGCUGCCCGCUCUGUGGUGCGACGCGCCUAGAUGCGCCCAGCUCAUCUGCUGGCGAGCUGCCUGGACCGGGCAGUCGCAUUUAGCCAGAUGCCAGCUGCAGCAUAACCCAAAAAACCAUGACGAUUCAACGAAGCUCCCUGAUGACGGCAUAUCAACAACUCACACACACACUGACUCACACACAUACACAUACACAUACACCAUAAACUAUUCAGCAUUUGAAAUUUACCUUUGAUUGUAAGCGAAUUGCAAAUAAAGUGUUCAGGAAACACAACAAAAGCUCA